AUGAUGUCUCAGUCCCUCAGAUCCUCGGUCUCUUUUCUGAGCCGAGCGGUCCGCCAACAGAGCCCGAUUGUUCGUCGAAGCUUUGCUACGACUCCUACCAGACGUGCCGACCCCGUCCAGGACCUGUAUAUCCGUGAACUCGCUGCCUAUAAGCCCAGUCCCCGCAAGGCCAACGACGCCGAAGGCCAGGUCCAGAAGUUUUCACCUCCCGCCGCUCCUCAAUCUCCCGAGGAGGCUAACAUCUCCGCUGAUCUGAAGGCCUACGAGUCCCAGGCUGUCGAGGUUGAGGGCCAGGGUCAGGAAGCCGGCCAGCCCACCCCAGUUGAGGAGGACUGGCUCGAGAUGGAUGAGGAGAAACCUGCUGCUCACUAA